AUGCCCGAUCAACUCCGGUAUGAUACGCUCCAUUGCUCUGGGAUGAACCCGAUUGCGAAAACGCCAAAUAUCGACAACUUCGCGGCCCGAGGUGUGCGACUCAAGGAAUGUUAUGUUCAAGCAUCAGUCUGUACGCAAUCUCGAUGUUCCAUGUUUACCGGACUGUAUCCGCACGUGUCCGGUUAUCGGUCCUUGGAGAACUUGCUAAAACCACGGGAGCAAAAUCUGUUCCGAUCAUUGAAAGAGGGUGGCUAUCACAUCGCUUGUAUGGCACGACGAGGAGAUCUAUUUGCUUCGACCGUCACCGAGCUGAGUUUGACCGAGUAUAGGUUCUUGGAGCCGCUAGAGGUAUCUAAGAUCAUUGGUGGAGACGAGGUUGAGCGGCUAGAAGAGGAGCGUACUAUUUAG